AUGUACCUGAUGCGUACACUCCCCUGGAAUUGCGCACUGGCCAUGCGCAUGCACCUCAUGCAACUCGAACCCAGCUUGGUUGGACACUGUGGAACGUCACUGGACAUGCUACAGCUAAUGCAUGUAACCUACUACCUCGAUGUACAGUUAACAGAGUACAAGUUCGAAGCUGUACAAGACCAUGAAGACAUGAACGAACUCGAUCGCCUGGUGAGAGAGUCAUACAAUCUUGACUUUCCUGAGAGACUAAUCGAUGAUAUUAAACAGUUCUCACAGGAAGACAAACUUUUUCUGAGGAGGAUAGAAGAAUCUAGCAAGUUUGUCAAUGGACAUUACAAAAUGGCUCUGCCAUUCAGACAGGAGAAUGUUACAUUUCCUGACAACUACGAUCCAGCCCACAGACAGCUUGGACAAGUGAGGAGAAAGAUGGAAAGAAAUUCCAAGUUUCACGAAGAAUAUGUAACUUUCAUGCAGAAAAUGUUUGUGAAGGGAUAUGCUGAAGUUAUCCCUGAAGAGGAGGCUGAACCUUGUGACGGACACACAUGGUACAUCCCACAACAUGGUGUGUACCACCCACAGAAGAAGAAACUCAGAGUUGUCUUCAACUGUGCAGCAGAGUAUGAUGGGACCUCUCUGAACAAGCAACUGCUAUCUGACCCCGACCUAACCAGUAACCUGAUAGGAGUACUCAUGAGGUUCAGGCAAGGAAAGUAUCUAGCCAUAGGUGAUAUCGAGGCCAUGUUCUACCAGGUGCGUGUAACUGAAGAACAUUGGAACUACCAACGCUUUCUCUGGUGGAAGAACGAUGACUACACACAGAGGCCUAUCAAGUGUAGAAUGAGAGUGCACAUGUUUGGAACUACCUCCUCACCAUCAUGUGCUAAUGCAGCGCUCUUGAAGACAGCAAGUGAUCAUGAACAUGAAUUCGAUGCUGAGAUUGUUGACAUAAUUCGACACAACUUCUAUGUUGAUGACUGCCUCACCUCUGAUGAUGAACCACAGAAACUCACAAACAAAUUGGAUCAAGUAACUGACCUGUGCAAGAAAGGUGGAUUCAAGCUCACCAAGUGGGUCACCAACUCUGACACUAUAAAAAAGACUGACAGUGUUGAACAUUUGAAUCUUGACAAGCCAAGAGAAGAUACAGUUGAACAUGCACUGGGAGUGACAUGGACUGUGAACACUGAUAUGCUGGGCUUCAAAGUAAAAAUCAAGGAUGACAGUUGCACAAGAAGGAACAUCCUUUCUGUCGUAAGCUCUGUGUAUGAUCCGUUAGGACUAGUAUCGCCGUUCAUUCUGAAGGCCAUGAUUCUCCUUCAAGACAUCUGCAGAGAGAGACUUGACUGGGAUGACGAAGUAUGUGGAGAAAACCUGAAAACAUGGAAGCAAUGGAUAGCAGAUCUUCCUCAACUAGAGCAACUGAAGAUACCUCGAUGUUACAGACCUAUAGACUUUGGAACAACUACAGCAUGCCAGUUACAUGUGUUCCGGGAUGCCAGCAACAAGGGGUAUGGUGUUGCUAUGUACCUCAGGUUUUUCGAUGUGAAGGAGGAAUUUCAUUGCUCACUCAUCUUCUCCAAAGCAAGAGUGACACCCUUGAAGAAGAUAACCAUCCCCAGGUUAGAACUGACAGCAGCCUGUGUAGAAGUAAGACUGAGCCGUGUGAUCAUGAAGGAGAUACAGCACAAGGUAGAUUACAUUCUGUACUGGACUGACAGUAUGGCAGUUAUCCGCUAUGUCAGAAAUGAAGUUUCGAGAUUCAAGACCUUCGUUGCCAAUAGAAUAGCUGAAAUUCACGAUGACUCAGAUCCUCAUCAAUGGAGAUACUUGCCAAGUGUGGAAAAUCCUGCAGACCCAGCAUCUCGUGGACUGGAUAUGAAAAGUUUCAAGAAAGUUGCACUUAUGUGGUUCAAUGGACCCGAAUUCCUACUGAAACCAGAAUCAGAGUGGCCAAGCCUCGGUGUAACAGGUGACAUAGACAUUGAUGAUCCAGAACUAAAAGUAACUACCAAUACAACCACGGUUCACAGCAUGGAAGAUGAGGAACUCGACAGACUAAUCAAGUACUGUUCCACAUGGACGAAACUCAAACGAUUCGUGAGUUACUUCCUUCUGUUCAAAGACUACUUACUGAAACAAACACGCAACUCAACAAAGAAUAAAAACGUACGGAAAUCACCUUGUCUCACAGUUGAAGUUCUGCAACGAUCCGAGCUAGCCAGCUUCAAACAUGUGCAACAUCGACACCUUUCAGAUGUCAUCAGUGCCCUCAAAUAUUACAAGCAAGGACAAGUCAACAGACAGAUUUGGAAGCGGGACCCUUUCAUCAUUGAUGACUUGGUACGAGUGGGUGGACGCUUACAGAGGUCAAAGCUGCAGUAUGAAAGCAAACAUCCUCUGCUGUUGCCAAAGGAAUCUCAGGUUACACAGCUGAUUGUACAACAUGCUCACGAGGUUGUUGGACACAUGGGAAGAGCUGGGAUCAUGGUACACCUCCGACAACAGUACAGGAUAGUCAGACUUGGACAUCUUAUAAAGAAGAUAACUUCAAGAUGUGUCAUCUGUAGGAGGUAUGCUGCAACACAAAAGAGACAGAAGAUGGCAGAUCUGCCAACAGACAGUGAUAUCUGA